CAGUUCAAAAAAUAACCGUUGGAAUUGGAUCAGUGGCUUUGAGAGGGCGCCGUAAUUCAAGAGCACUAGAAAAGUUUCUUCUUCCACACAUAUUAUUGCACUAAACAGAACAUAAUGCUGCCAUUUUCAAAAAGAACCUACUCGUUCAGAGCAGGUGAUGUAAAGGAAGCUAACAAGGACAAUGCUACUCCUAUAAGGAAAAUCAAAUCUCGCGGGCGAACCUUCAUUGGUUCAAAAACCCCAAAUGAAAACACCCAGGAAGAAGCUGGUUUCCCAUUGACUCCAUUCACAAGAGGUAGUGUCCGGCUUAAAAGUAUCCGUAAAAGGAAGAUGGCAAGUAGAGACGAUGUGAAAAACGACGAGACAAGUUUCAAGAGGGGCAAAAUGGUUGGAAAAGGAAGUGAUGAAAUUGAAGUUAAAAUUGAGGAGAACAUAAGAAUGAGAGAUGGAGUUACAAAGUUGCUGUCUGGAUGUCAUGAUACAAGGCAGGCUAUGGAAAUUGGAAAGAACUUGUUGACAAUUAAUUCAAGAGUAUUAAGCUUGAUGUCAUCAUUGCAAAAGAAGAGAUCAAGUAAUAUAUUAAAAGAUUACAACAAAAACCAUAGCGAUUCUGACAUAACAAAAAUCAUUCAACCAUGUCUUGGGGAUAUCACUGUAUCAGAUAUUAGAAUCCCAUUGAUGUGGAAACAAGAUGCUCAUUUCAAAACUAAAGCUGGAGAACAACCAGCACUGCUUUAUCACAUGUUUUGUUUGCUGAAAAUAAACGACCAAGUAUUGGAUACACCCCUGUUUCAGUUCAGCCAGGUUGAUACAGAUGUGACUUUUGAUGAUGUCUUUACUUUCCGCAGUGUUCCUGCAGACUUCAAACUAGAGAUCGAGGCUUAUUAUUCUGUGGUGCAAAACCCGGAUAAUCCAGCCUGGACUCCGAUGAGAACACCAAAGAAGUCUGUUUAUAGCUCAGCGCCGCACUACUGUCUGGUUGCACACUCCCAGCUUACGGUGAACGACAUCAAAGAAGGUUUCGUUGUAUCAGAUUUCACCAUGGGUGGAGUCGGGGCCAGUGCAACAGCCGUGCUAGGCCACGAUGAUGAUUUCCCCGACAACCCCUUAUCUCUUUGGGGUCACUUUUCUUGUCAACUACACGCAAGACCAAAAUGUUUGUUGGAACAAAAAUUAGAUGGACAUCUCCUGUUCCAGAGUGCCAAUGGUGGGCAGCCGGUCUGGGAGAAGUACUACUGCCGGCUUAGAAACUGUACGAUACAGUGCUGGAAGCAAUUUCCAUUGAAAGAUGAAGGCUUCACGAUGAACCCUGGGAUGUCUAUAAGACUGAGAAAGGGUAUGAAAAUUCGCGUUGAAAAAAGCACCGACGAUUCGAAUCGCGGUGCUCUUAUUUUGACAUCAAAGAAAGCUGAAGAAAAAGAGCCUGUAUUCGCUUUCGAAAGUGACGAUGAUUUUAAAUCAUGGGAAAAUGGCUUACAGCAAGCUCUUGUUGACAUCAAGGCAUGGAAGGCAGCAUGCUACACUCUCGUAAAUAUAGAAGAGUUUGAAGCGAAGAAAAAAGCCUUCAAUAAAGCUCUGAAUUCCUUCGAACAAAACGUGGUCAACACUGAUAUCAGGCAGAUGUCACCUGUUUUGGCGCGUAAGUCUACGAAGACGUCUUCUAAAGCAUCGCUAUCAUUUAGUGAAAUUACGCCAAAAGUACGAUCGUUUUAUGACCAAAUAAAUAUUGCUAGCGUUAAAGACAAUGUUGAUAGUGGUAUCGUAUCUAAUGGGGAGAAUCAGGAAAAUCCUAAAAUAGAAAACGCAUCAGAAACGAUCGAUAAUGAUGCUUCAAGUGUAGAAGGAUCAGAUCGUUUAGAAACAAAUGCAGCAUUUGCCUCUGGGGUGGAAGAGAACAAGAAUGAAGAAAAUGCUGAAGAUAUGGAAAGUACGGAUGUUGACAAAGCCAAGGAGGAGGUAGAAAUUGAUGUUGCAUUGGUAGAUGAAAAAGAUGAAAUACAAGAGGUGUCUAACUCAAUAGAAGAAGAGGACAAGUCUCCACCGGACAGUGAUAAAGGUGAAAUAAUUGUUUCAGAAGAUUCAUGUGAAGAUGAACAGACCCCAGUUGCAGAGGAAGCAAGUACGGAUGAAAAUAUUGCCCAAGAACGCAGUGCAGUAGACAUGGUGCUAUCAUCAGUUAGUCAAAGCACUGAAAAAGACGGUGUUUUGCAAACAAUAGAAGAUGACAAAUCAAGUGCCAGUGGUUCUGUGAGUGAAGAAGUUGCAAUCUCAAAUGGCGAAGAAGAGCCAGAAACAGAGGAGAGCGUCCUAGAUUAUUUAGUAGAAGCGAUUGACUCGGCAGCUCAUCUUGACGAAUCCACGGACUCUUGUCUUGAAAAUGCGGACGUAACAAAAGCGGAAAAUGAUAACAAAGCAUUUGAUGAAGAAUUAGACUCUACAAGUGUAAAUGAUUCUCCUUCUGAUAAUACAGAAUUGAAUGGAGAUAAGAAAUUAGAGGACAUCGGCAACUUAGAUAACACUGAGUCGGUACACGAAGAGAAGGAAAUUGAUAUGAUGCAGUCAGAAUCACUUACGAGUAAUGAUGUAAAUACAACCAGAACUCCGCCAGAAUCUGUAGUAGAAAAUAUCAAACCGGAAGUGAAUAAAGAGGGAAAUGAUAUAAACAACGAUGAUCUUGAUGAAGAUUCGUCUUCCAGUGAUCAUGAUAACGUUGUGAUAGACCAGUCGUGCGAAGAAACGAAGACGUGUGAUACGAACUCGGAUAAUAAUGAAGAAAGUGACAAUUUUGUAGAAGACUGUCAAGCGAAAAGCGUAUCCCAGUUGGAAGAUCUAGAGAAGAUUCAGUCUUGCGAUGAAUCUCAUGUUGAUGAAGAAAUGAAUGAAGUAGAUUUGGGAAAAGAAGUAGAUUCGAAAAACGAAGUUUCACUAGACGAGGAGAGCAUCGGCAUCGAAGUAGAAGGACAAGCGUGUACAGUUGCUGAAUCGCUAGAAAGCAGCCUAACGAACAAUAAGGAAGUUGAUACAGAACUAGACACUGCUUCCUCUACAACCAGCUCGUCUGUAACAGCAACUAAAGUCGAAACUGAGGUUUAACAGAAAGUUCUUAAUUUGAGAUACACUAUUUGUAUUCCCACUUAAAGGUUUUUCAACCUGUGGCCAAUAAAUGCAAUCACGUCCCAUACACUAAGCAUUAUGCUUGAAGUGAAUUUCUCGUGCUCACAUGUGUAGCUCUGUAUUGAUGACCUCAACUGAUAAUCAUUUUUCAAACAGCAAAAACUGCAAACUGUAGAAAAAUACCAAGAUCAAUGCCAGAGUCACAAUGAAAAAUUAUUUUUGAGUUUGAAUUUUUCCAAAGUCACAAUGAGAGAUUAUUUUUGAGUUUUAAGUUUUAGUCAAUAUGAUGGUUGUAUUGUAUAUACACUGUUGUUGUAAAACCUCUUUUUCUUCUAUUCAUACCCAUUUCUAACAAUGGCUAACAUCAUUAGAAAUAGCCUUUAAACCCUUAAGUACAGAUACUUUGUUUGCUGUUCAUGAAAUUAUGAUUAGAUACUAUAUUUCAUUCUUUAUGCAAUACUGACUGCUUUUACUACCACAUGAAUAAUGGAAUCACACUUUCGAAUUCGUUAUCACUAGGAAAGUAUCUGAAGAUGUUUUACAUUCGACAGCCCUGUAUCUUGUCAAGCAAGGUUAACAUUUAUGUGUAACAGGUCAUGAUCUUAUAUCCUUUACCACCACCCCCUCCAAGUCUACACACUUCCUGUUGGUGUUUUCAUGUAGAACAUUGUAACCACUGGAAUGCACUGUUACUUGAUACAAAUAACAAUACUCUUAACACCUAGUUUCGACGUCAGAACAGAUAUGAAAUCCGUUUUGAAGCUUUUCCAAAAACAAUUUACUGGUUAAACUCGGUGUUGUAGAUCUGACAGUCGCUGUACUCUACGUUUUACAAUGUCAUUCUCAUAAAGUGCCAUGAAAAUUGAAAAAGUUAAUUCUAAUUUCGUAUAUUUUGUUGCUUAGGAUAUUUUAUAUUAGUAUUUGGUAAAAUAUAUCGAUAAUGUAUUUUGUUGAUAAUAUGAUGUUGUCGAUUUGUCGUUUAAAACUGUUAAUAUUGCAGGUGAUCUAGGUUUUACUUUGAAUGAGUUUCUGAACAUUAAGUGAAAAUGUUUCUGUAGAUGAUUGCGACCGUUUCUCUUUGUUGAUAUUUUUGCUUCCAACGCCUCUUCUACAUUUGCUAAUAUUGUGACAAUUCAAUCGAAAGGCACGGUAAUUAAUUUGAUAUCAAGGAAUGAAUAUAUGUUAUUUGCGUGACUGAUAUCUUUUAAUUGUAUUUUACGUACUCCUGUUUAGAUUAAGAUCUAAAAAUUGUAUUUCGGUUUUUAUGGUCAUUUGUUUUAAAACAUAUAUAUAUAUAUA